UGUUGGCUGUUACCACUUAUCAGGGAUUUUACCACAUGUCUGACGUCCAUUUUGAAGAAGUCUUUUUUUAAUUAACACGGAAAAAACGAAUAUGCAAUCGGAAAACUUAGAGCUUCCUUUCGACGCUGAUUGCCCCAACUGUGUGAAAGAAUGGAUCGGCGAUUGUAAUUUCCAUUUUAUCAAGAACUAUGAAGCAACUUAUGCAGAGAAAUCAGAACAGCCUGAGCCUGCUGAGGAUAUUCUCUCACAGAGCAUUUAUAAUGAGUGGGUCUCAUUGGGAAAAUCGUUUUGGUUGAAUGAAGAAACACAGGGAAAUGUUCUACUCUCAAGUUUGAAUUUGGAACUUGUAGGAAUAAAAGAACAAACCGUCGAAGUGAACACAGAAGAAACAGUUAAGAAAUGUACGCAGCAACCUAAAAGAAAACCUACGAUUAUAGCUAUUCGUAAAACAAAAAGCAAAAAACUUAAAAGGGCAACAGUUAAAGAGACUGUUAGGCUGAAACUAUCUUUUUUAAAAUCAAUCCUGAAGAAGAAACCUAAGGUGCGUUCAUCAAAGCCUUCCAGGCAGGUGAAUCCUGGGGUUAGCAAGCCAGGCAAAAAUAAAACUACGAAAAAGGCCGGUCCUAGUAAAAAAAACAACAAAUCAAGAAAAACCAAAGUAAAUAAAUGCAAUGCAAGUAAAAAGCAAGAAUUGUCACAGAAGAGUACUUUAUCUAACCAAGCCAACAGUGAAAAUAAAGACUUGAACAAGGAGCCAAAAGGAAGACUUUGCCUGCAAGACAUUAAAAACACCAAGGCCCCAGAGGCUUGGGAGAACAAAAACAAUGAUGGAAAAAAGCGAGAAAGGAAGCAAGUGUUAAAAGAGCUUGAGGCACAAGAAAGUUUUGUAAAAGUGGUUUUGAACAGGCAGAAGAAAUCUUCCCAUAAGAAGCGACACAAUGCAGAAAACAAGGAGAAUUGUUUUGCCAAUAUAUCAAAGUUCAUGUUCAGAGGGACUGAAAACGAUGAAAGACGGCCACUUAUUCUGAGGCGCAAUUGCAAUAAAAAGCAGAUUUUGUAAAAAAUUAUUUUGUAAAGUGAUAAAAUUUGUAAAG